CCUCUUUGUACCUUGAUUAGCCACGCUUACGUUACUUCAUCUACGCGAAAGGAAAUCGACUAGGCGGGCAUCUACAGAACGAUGUGUUGAACUAAAAUUUAAGAGGGAAUUUUAAAACGCCGCAUUGCGAGUCAGGAAGUUUAAUUCGAAAUAAUAUGAUAAUAAUUUGAUAUUGAUAGAUGCAAAUAUCACUUAAUAUGUCAUAACCUUAUUGGAUUGUAUUCUAUGAGAAUGUCAUUUUAAAAAUUUAACCUAAUCCUUCAAAAGUAUGAGUUAUAAAUCGAUUGAUUAGGGUUUUAAAUUGUGUUUCAUUUUUAUUUAAAUUUCUAAUGUGCAGAUACCUUACAAUUUGCCGAUUUUUCAUUAUACAGGUGGUACGUGCUCCGUGUCAGUUCACUGUAUAAUUGCUUCAAUAAACUUUAAGUGAGCUGAAAUGCGAGCAACAAGUUUCAAGUUGAAUGCUUCCGCAGUUAUCUAGUGCUGGAUGGACAUGGUGUUUUAUGUACUUGAUGUGACAACGACGUUAUCUACAUCAUGGCGAAAGCAGUAGUAGACGACAAGGAACACGGGGAACCAAUUCCGUACGACCCGGAUUUCAAUGGUCCUUUAAGGAAAAGAAGCUGCACUGAUGUCCUUUGUUUGGCCGUAUUUAUUUGUUUUAUAGCAGCAUGGGCUGGUAUUGGACUUUACGCAAUACAAAAUGGCGAUCCUAGUUUACUGUUAGUCCCUAGAGAUUCCGCAGGACGUAGAUGCGGAAGAGAUGUGUUGCACAAACCUUAUUUGUUCUUCCACGAUUUAACGCGAUGUUUAUCGCCUACAACUCCCUUUACAGGGUGUCCCACGCCACAAGUUUGUGUCAGUGCAUGUCCUACAGAAGCUUACGUAGAUACUGCAACAUCACAAAGACCAAAUCAGUUUUUAGAUUAUUGUGUUAAUUCUAACAGCGAUCUAAUAUGUCCAAAUUGGAUAUUACCUAGUACUGCAUUUCAAAAACGCUGCAUUCCUGCCAUGAAUAAAGUGACUGAUUCAAUAAUUAAUGACAUAAAUAAUAAUACAGCCGAAAAAGUAACUUUACCUGAAUUAUUCCAAUCCGUAACCAAUAUUAAACUUCUUUCUGACGUUGAAGAGACCGGCCAAAAUAUAGUUGAAGAUGUAAUCCGAUCCUGGUGGAAAAUUAUAAUAGGCGUACUAUUGGCAUUAGUAAUAUGUCUGAUAUACAUAGUGAUCUUAAGAUGGUUAGCCGCGCUUAUGGUGUGGAUCUCCAUUUUCGGCGUACUUGUAGGUCUAGGAGCAGGAUUAUACUUUAGCGUUGUGAAAUAUAUUGAGACACGCGAUGCUUACACAAAGGUUUUAAACGAUCAGACACGGUAUGAGGACGAAAGGGAAUAUGAAAGUUCUCACUUCAAAACCAAACGUGACCUGUGGCUUGCAGGUCUUAUAAUCAUAUCUGUAGUAUUAGGAAUUAUCCUAUUGGUGCUUAUAUUUUUGAGAAAGCGUAUAUAUCUGGCUAUAGCCUUGAUCAAGGAAGGAAGCAAAGCAGUAAGUUCAGUAACUGCAUCACUUUGUUUUCCAAUUGUGCCUUGGAUUCUACAAAUCUGUGUCAUCGGUUAUGCUAUAAUAGUUGGUGUUUAUUUGGCAAGUACGGGAAAACCCUUAUAUAAAACUAGGCAUGUAGACGAAAAUUGCACAAAGGAAAUAACUAUACCCGACGAUGUUAAGUGUGAUCCCGAUUUAUGGAUAACGCUCAUGAAAAACUCAAGCAUAGCCGCAGCUUGUGUGAAUGCAAGUUGUAGAUUUAUUGGGACGAAUGAUGUCCUUUAUCCAUAUUUACAAGCUUAUAACAUUUUUGGAUUCUUGUGGCUAGCCUUUUUUGUGACCGCAUUGGGGCAGAUGGUCCUUGCUGGUAUUUUUGCGCAAUGGUAUUGGACUUUUAAUAAGACCCAAAUUCCAUUUUUUGCAGUCACGUCUGCUUUCUUUAGGACUUUAAGGUAUCACAUUGGAACAUUAGCAUUUGGAUCUCUGAUUAUUGCGAUAUGUAGGAUAAUUAGAAUAAUCCUAGAAUACUUAGAUCACAAAUUGAAACAGUACGAUAACGAGUUCACGAGAGCCAUUAUGUGCCUUUUGAAAUGUUUCUUCUAUUGUUUGGAGAAAUUCCUCAGAUUUUUAAAUAAAAAUGCCUAUAUUAUGUGCGCCAUUCACGGGAAGAAUUUCUGUAUAAGCGCCAAAAAUGCAUUUAUGCUCCUUUUAAGGAAUAUUGUUAGAGUAUGGGUAUUGGAUAAAGUUACAGACUUCUUGUUCUUCCUUAGCAAACUUAUGUUAACACUCGGAGUUGGAGCCGUGUCAUAUGUCUUCUUUGUAUCAGGCUUAUUACCAACGAGCAUAAUAGAUAAUUCAGGUCUUAACUAUGGUAUUGUUCCAGUGGUGAUAAUAAUGAUUUGCACGUACUUGAUCUCAACUCUGUUCUUCAGCGUCUAUACUAUGGCUGUUGACACAUUGUUCUUAUGCUUCCUGGAAGACUGCGAACGAAAUGAUGGUUCCCCGGAAAAACCUUAUUACAUGUCUAAAAAUUUAAUGAACAUAUUUGGCAAAAAGAACAAAAUUGAUUAAAAAAAAAACAAAUAAUUUGAUUCAGCAAAAACAGUUAGAACUGUACCCUUUAGUUUCUAUACGGUAUUUCUAUUAUGGAGACAAUGAAUACAUGAAAUUGAAAUGAUAGUUACUUUCCGCAAAAAGACUUCAAAAUUACUAUGGUAGAGACUAUAUGCCAAAAAAAGUUAGGAAAAUUAAGACUUUAGUUUUUCAGGUUCGAUUUUUGGCUGCAGAUCUAACUAUUUUUGCCGAAUAUGCAUGUGUAUGUAUGUAGCAGUAUUUUUUAUAUGAAAAACCGAAGUAUCUGUGAUAAGAAUAUUGUGAAAAUGUAUUCAUGCUAUAGUAUAUGCCAAAUAUUUAAGCUAAACCAACCAAAACUGAUUUUUUUAUGUAAAAACGAUUUUAAAGCAUAUUGUAUAUACAAUUUAUCUUACAAAAUUAUAUUUAUAUAUUUUA